UUAAUAUGGAUAUUAAUAUCAUCCACAACAAUCACACCUAAUCAUCUUCAACCGGUUUAUUCCGUCGGGUACAGCAUCGUCACCGGCGGAACAAACCACUGCAACCACCACCUCCUCUCCAAUUAUGUGGAAAUACACAUGGAUCCCUAUAAUAUUAACAAUAAUAUCUCUACAAACUAGCUUCACGAAACCUGAGUCAACCAUCCAUUACUCACCUACUGUUAUGAAAUCCACGUGUCCUUCACCGGACCCUACCCUCAACCACCGUCCGAUCAUCGGAAUUGUUAGUCAUCCUGGCGACGGUGCUUCCGGCAGACUCAGUAAUGCCACUAAUGCUUCCUAUAUUGCUGCUUCCUAUGUCAAGUUUGUUGAGUCUGCUGGUGCUAGGGUUAUUCCGCUCAUUUACAACGAACCGAUUACUAAUCUUCAAGCUAAGCUCAGUUUGGUCAACGGAGUGCUUUUUACCGGUGGAUGGUCUAAGAGUGGCCUCUACUUUGAUGUUAUUGAGGGAAUUUUCAAGCAAGUCUUGAAGAAGAAUGAUGAAGGUGAACAUUUCCCAUUGCUUGCAAUAUGCUUAGGAUUUGAACUCCUAACGAUGAUUAUUAGCAAAAACAAUAACAUCCUUGAAGACUUUAGUGCGUCAGAUCAAGCUUCUACACUCCAAUUCAUGAGGAACAUUAAUCUUGAAGAAACAUUGUUUCAAAGAUUUCCUCCUGAGUUGAUUGCAAAGUUGAGCACAGAAUGCCUUGUGAUGCAAAACCAUAAAUAUGGCAUAUCACCAGAAACAUUUCAAGGUAAUACAGAACUGUGCAGCUUCUUCAAGAUCUUAACCACUAGUGCCGACCAAAACGGCAAAGUAUAUGUAUCAACAGUUCAAUCAGAAAGCUAUCCCGUGACUGCUGUCCAGUGGCACCCAGAGAAAAAUGCUUUUGAGUGGGGCUCAUCGGAAAUUCCACAUUCAGACGAUGCAAUCCAAGUGACUCAACAUGUUGCCAACUUUUUCGUAAGUGAGGCUAGAAAAUCGCUCAACAGACCGCCUGCUGAACAAGUGCUAGCUAACCUUAUCUACAAUUACAGCCCCACUUAUUGUGGGACCGCCGGGAAAGGAUUUGAUGAGGUUUACAUCUUCUCCGAGACGGAAACGAUUGCACGACUUUGAUUUGUUGUGAUAUUGUGUUACAUGUAAUGUAAUGUAAUUGAUCCAACUUUGUAUCUUGAAUUAAUGUUAUGGUAUUUAUACAUGAAUAAUCGCAAAGAAAUGUUUAGAA